AUUCCUACUGAUAAGUACUUUUUUGAUUAGACGGAAGUCACUUCGAUAGCCCAAGGGAGUUAGCGCAAUAAAGAAUUCUAAUCCGUCGGGUGCCUUCAUUGGCUCACGCAACUCCGGUCAAGUCAGAACUGGGUCUUUCGCCUUUUCAUCGCUAGUCGCGGCGGUUCUUUCCUCCUCUUCCGUGAACAUGGCGAGAAAAGCCUGCCAUUUCCUCUUCUUCUCAACUCUUCUCGGUGCUUCCAUGGCUUCCGAGCUCAAUUCUACCAUCGCCACCGUGCUGAUCGUCGGCAACUCCACUUUCCGGAGCCCCAACCGGACCUUCGAGCUCGGCUUCUUCUGCCCCAACGCCGGCGUCGCCUGUUUCCUCGCCAUCUGGUACGCCUCCCUCCCCAUUCGCACCGUCGUCUGGGUCGCCAACCGCGCCGCCCCCGUCCCCCGCCGCCCCGGCUCCCCCUCCGCCCUCCUCACCCACCCCGACGGCCGCCUCGCCGUCGCCGACUCCUCCGGCUCCUUCGUCUGGCUCUCAGACAACCCCCGCCCCGCCUCCUCCGUCCGCCUCCUCAACUCCGGCAACCUCCUCCUCCUCUCCCCUGGCGGCGCCACCGUCUGGCAGAGCUUCGACCACCCUGCCGACACCUGGCUUCCGGACAUGGCCGUCACCCCAAGCCGCCCCCUGGUCUCUUGGCGGAGCCCCUCCGACCCCUCCCCGGGCCUCUACUCCCUCCGCCUCCGCGGCGGCGAGUUCAAGCUCGAGUUCUCCGGCUCUGCCAGCUACUGGUCGACCGGGAAGUGGACGGGGAAACUGUUCGCCGGCGUGCCGGAGAUGACGGUCCAGUACAUCUACAACUUUUCGUUCUCGGACCCGUUCGGCCCGAACGCGUCCUUCUCCUACUCGGUGGUCUCGGCGCCGACGGAGGGCGCGGGGCCUGUCUUGACGAGGUUCGUUGUCGAUUCCUCCGGCCAGCUGAUGCAGUACAUCUGGUCGCAGCAGGCGGCGAGCUGGGACAUGUUCUGGUCUCGCCCGGCCAGCGUCUGCCGGGUGUACGGCCGCUGCGGGAGCCUCGGUCUCUGCGUCGGUGGCCUCCGCCCCUGCGACUGCCCCUCCGGGUUCCGCCCCGCCGAUUCUGCAGCCUGGAGCUCCGGCGACUUCUCCGGCGGGUGCUCCCGCGAUGACGACUUCCUUUGCUACGCCGACGGAUUCAAGGAGAUCGGUGCUGUCGAUUUCGACGGCGCCGUCACGGUCGAAAUUUCCGGCGUAAGCAGAAGCUCCUGCGAGGACUCGUGCUGGAGAAAUUGCUCCUGCUUCGGUCUAAACUACGAUUCCGAAACCAGUGUUUGCCGGAAUUUGUACGGCAACGCCUAUAAUCUCCGGAACAGCACGGAUUCCCGAAUUUUCUUUCUUAGGGUUUCGGCCUCGAUGAGCGAUAACUUUUCAAAAAAAUCCAAAGCGACAUGGAAGAAAACGAUGAUAAUCGCGAUAAGCUGUGGAGGCUUGUCGGCGAUUUUGGGACCCAUUGCUUUACUUGUGGUGGUUUUGAUAAGGAACUGGAGAAGAGAAGGGAAAGGAGGAGGAGAGGAAGACGAAGGAGCUUUCUCGAACGUAAAGGUGUUCACCUACAAGGAGCUCUUGGCGGCGACGCGGGGCUUCUCGAAGAAGCUAGGUCACGGGAGCUUCGGCGCGGUCUUCCGAGGCGAGCUUCCGGACUCCUCCUCGGUGGCCGUGAAGCGGCUGGAGCGCCCCGUUGGCGGCGGCGGUGAUCGGGAGUUCCGGGCGGAGGUCCGCACCAUAGGGAGCGUCCACCACGUCAACCUGGUCCGCCUCCGGGGCUUCUGCUCCGACGACCCCCACCGCAUCCUCGUCUACGACUACAUGCCCCUCGGAUCGCUUAGCGCAUAUCUCUGCCGCGAUCGCCGUCUGCCGCUGAGUUGGGCGGCGAGUUUCCGGAUCGCCGUCGGCACGGCGAAGGGUAUCGCCUACCUCCACGAGGAGUGCCGGGACCGCAUCAUCCACUGUGACAUCAAGCCGGAGAACAUCUUGCUUGACGGCGACUUCACCCCGAAGGUGUCGGAUUUCGGUCUGGCGAAGCUUGUCGGCCGGGAUCGGAGCCGGGUGAUGACGGCGAUGAGGGGGACGCGGGGAUAUGUCGCGCCGGAAUGGAUCGCUGGCACGGCGAUCACCGCCAAGGCGGACGUGUACAGCUACGGGAUGAUGCUGCUGGAGAUCCUGGGCGGGCGGCGCAACGUGGAAGCGUCGGCGCCGCCAGAGGCGGAGGAUGGGUGGUUCUUCCCGCAUUGGGCGGCGAGGAGGAUCGUGGAGGGGGAGGUGGCGGCUGUGGUGGACCCGGCGCUGGAGGGAGAGUACGACCGGGGGGAGGCGGAGCGGGCGGCGCGGGUGGCUGUGUGGUGCAUCCAGGACGAGGAGGCGGCGCGGCCGUCCAUGGGGACUGUGGUGAAGAUGCUGGAGGGUACCGUGGAGGUGACCGUACCGUUGCUGCCGCGGCUUCUGGAGGCGCUAGUGGCCGGGGACUCGUUCCCGCCGGUGGGCGGGAUCUCAUCGUCGUGGAGUGGUGGCCGUUCGGAUGGAAGGAGCUCGGCCGGUGCGGCCGAGUCGGACCGGAUUGGGGAAGCCGAAUCGCGUACGUCCGAGUUGCAGAACUUGACGAGUUAGAGGAGCGCGUGGGACCUCGGGGUUGGUGGGCCUGGAAAAGAGUUCGUGGGCUCAAAGGGUAAUGUGGUGUGGCCACUUAGGUGAGUCAAACUUCCAUCGCCUGGUGGGCUCUAAUAGGUAUUUUGAAAAACAGAGCACCACAUUUUUAUUUUUGAUAACCUCGGUCGAUGUUUUUUCCUGCUUAUUUAUCUUCAUGUCAUCCUUUUUCGAAAAUAUGAAAAAGAAAAAAAAUGUGAUGAAAAUUUUUCUAUAUAAAAUAAAAUAUAUAAAAAGAUAAUUGAAGAGAUGAGAA